ACGGAGCCGGAGCUUUGGACCUUCUGUGGUGGCUGAAAGAGGCGCCAUGGCAGAGCAGCAGCCUGAGACCGAGAGCCCCGGCAACUUCUGCAUCUUCAUUAAGACUCUGACCAGGGGAACGUUUAAGGUGCAAGUGUCUCUGGAUGACACUGUCCAGGACCUUAAGGUCAAGCUGAAUGCACAGGAUGCUUCCCUGGUCCCCGACGGGGGAAGGCUGAUUUACAGACAGAGUGUUAUGGAGGACCACCUGACCCUGCGAGACUAUGGAAUCACACCAAACUGCAUUUUGUACUGUUUACAAAGGUUGCGAGGUGGUGGUGCAGCUAUUGGAGAUCUCACUUUAGGCUUGCCCAUAAGGCAGCAAGGGGCAACCACUUACAAACGUCUGACAGACAAGGUCUCGGGGAGCGCAGAGCAGGCAAGCACGGCUGGAGGGGAGAAAUACUACUUUCCAGUGCCUUCUGCUAUGCAGCAGAGCCAUCACUCCAUGAACCUGGUCUCACCACUGCAGAGAAACUGUUGGCAGUGCAGGAAGGAGAAUCUUCCAGAAGUGAAGCCGGAGAUAACGCAAGACUUUCUCAAGUACCGCACUGAGUACCGAGCUCACCUCCCUGGUGCAGGCGUCUUCCAGUGUUCCAUCACAGGCCUCAGCUUCAAGGUAAAGUCGGAAGUGACCAUCACCUACAGAUAUGCCACCUGGACCAGGCACCUGAGCAAGGCUGACCAGGAAAUGUGGGUGCCCGCUGGACCCCUCUUCCACAUCAAGGUGCAGCCUGGGGUCGUGCAGGCAGUCCACCUCCCCCACUUCAUCUGCCUGGCAGAAGAAGUAGACACCAGCCUGUGCUCCAUCGCCCAUUUUAAAUCUGGGCAGAUGACCCUGGAGAAACCAACCAGACUGGUCGCUUACUCUGCUGUCCUGGAGAAUCCCAGCUUCUCACUGCUUGGGGUGCUUUGGAGGAAGUUACGUUCAACCUUAAAUUCACUCCCUGUGCACUCCUUGGUGCUGAUCUUCCAGCAGCUCAGUGCUGCAAAUACAACUCUCCACCUCUACCUCAUUCCAGAUGACAACUCUGUGAAGAAGGCCAUUGAAAAGCAAGAAAUAGAUUGGCAUUCAAAGCUUAUUCCCAAGCCUCCUCCAUUCAAACCUCUGUACUUUGGCUGCAAUUACCAGGUGACCAGUACAAAAUCCGUGGAGAUAAUGCCCGAAGCACAAUUGCCAUUUUGCUACAAGAGUCCGAAGGAACAGCAGCUCUUUGUUGAGAUCUACAUCAGCAACAUGGCAGAGGGAAUUGGGCUCUUUAUGAUAGACACACGCAAUGACACUGUGGUCUGGAGGACAUCACUGAGAUCAGGUGAUAUUAUUCUUCCUGACUGUGCCUCCAAGAGCUUAUCAGGUGCAGCUUUCAUGAAGAAGCACAAGACCAAGCUUUGCUCCAGGAUGACGCAGCUCUCCACCAUUCUGCUACACUUACGGGAAUCAAAUGUCAUCAACAGCGAUGAAGAAGAGGAGGUGCAACGUCAAGAUACGAGUCAAAGGAGGAAUAAAGUUUUGCUGGAGCUAGCUGAGAAGAAAGGGCUGGAGGCCCAGGAACAGCUCUACCAGAUCCUCCAGAACAAAGACCCGUUCCUCAUCGCAGAUCUGGAGAAAUACAGCUAGACCUGGGAAAGCAGACUGCUUUUGCUCCCAUUGCUUUGCUUAUGGGAGCAAUGGAAGGGCAGUCAGCUUUACCAGCACCUGAAUCUGGACCUUUCAGUGCAAAAUCUACAGUGCAAAGUAGCAAUAAGCAUUCUGAACCACACAGUCUCAGGCCUGCCUUACUUGGCUGACUCAAUUGCCAGCAGUGGACAACCAGUGUCAUGCUGGCCACUGGUGAGAAGCUGCUGGAACAAGACACCUUGGUUCCCAGUCAGUGCCAAUACCUCAGACCUGUCUGCCUCCCUGUGACAGGGCCUCUGGCUCUCCAGAAGCUCCAGGCAGCUGCCAGCAGAGGAGCUCCCAUCACAACCACCUCCAGGUCAGCCUCCCCAUCCUCAGUGUCCAUGGACACCUCACAAUUGGAAGAGGGGAGCUGCUUUACCAGCUGCUUUGCUGUCUGCAAAGUCUUGUUCUCAUGUGCAAGCCACAGGAAGCUGUAGAUGUUGAUAUGAGCCCAUAUCAACAUCAAACCUUCCCCUCGUUUCCCUCCAACCUAGUUUACCCAAAUGACCAAAAUUCACUGAAGGAGUAAACAAGCAUCGUGACCCCAGCAGCAGCUGGGUGAAGGAGGCCCUCCUAAAGAAGCCACAAAAAAUAGCCAAGAUAGGAGAUACACGUCCAUGCAUCUUCAGGGAAAGUCUGACUCAACAGCCGCUGGUUUACAUUCAAAAGAAAGACAGCAGAUUAUUUUUAAAUCACAUUCUUUGUAUCCAUGAAGUCAGUUCUUUCUGGAUCAUGUGGAUGUCUUCACUGCCAGCCAGGGUAGGAGCAGUCUGCUCUGGUGUCCCGUAUUUCAGAAGAGACUUUUUGGGUCAAGCUCAGGUGAAAUUCAGACUUGCCUAAGUGGAGACAGCAACUUCUGGAAGCUCAAAGGAGCUUCCAGGGACUGUUGAGUGAAAUGGUCUCCACAACUCUCUGUGGCUUUGUGAGGUGGAAAUGAGACUGCUGCUUUAAGUAUUGCUUUACAUUUAUUCCUUCUUUUGAAGACCUGGAGAGCACAUUGCUGCUGAAACAUGCUGUUAGGGUGUGUGUUUGCUCCAUUGUCAAGGACCUUCACUGCAACUAGAAUUAACGUGAAAAGGAGGAUGCUGGAAUCAAGGCCAUGCAGGGACACAGACCUGGCUGCCCGGUGACAAGGGAAGCAGCGAAGGGGACCGAACAUCACCGCUCGCAGUAAUUCACGGGCUAUCCAGAAACCACGCUGGGGCUGGCCUUUCCAGGAGGAUCAGGCCAGGCUUUGCAACUGCUGAGUGUGUGAACCUGGGGCACCCCGGACAUGGGCUCUGUGAGGGGAGCAGGAAUGGACCCAUGGGAACAGGAAGGGGAACCAGGAGGAAGAAAACGGGCAGAGACAGAAAGGAAUAUAAAAGGGGCCACUCAGGCGUAAUCCAUGGCUGGCUUCCCUGAGCCCGUGUGUAGCCACUACAGUCUGUCGUAUCCUUUUAUAUUUUCUUAUUAAAUGUUUUCUUAACUAUU